CAACAACAUCGACUCAACUUGAGUAAAAGCUAGGAAAACUGAUACUUUUAAGGUCCUCAUCAUGCUUACUUCCUCCCGUCACGUUGCACUUGCUAUGUCUCUGCUCACUGGAGCUUGGUUGGCUCGUACAACCCUGGCAGUGGACUGUAAUUUCGGCGAAUCAGUUGAUAGGAAAGAGUGCGAUCAAGCCGUCGCAAGUAUCGUUUAUGAUAAACCGAAUAACACUCUCGAUAGGGUCUCGAGCAGGUUUGCGAAGCUCUCGGGAAAUUGUACGAUAAUCGUCUUGAAUCCCACUAAGGAGGUAGUAACCAAGCAGCAAAUCGAGGCUGGCUUUAAGAGUAUCUUCGACCUAUGCCAACCCAAUACGGGUAACAACCCUUUGUUCAAUUCAGUUUACCUCCAAAACCAAAACCACCAAUCCGAGCAUGAUACCAAUUACUUCCCACCCCGAAAUUUUAUUGAGUUCACUCAGUAUAAGCAUACUCAGCAACCAGUUGUGUUAGGGUUAAGUAGUGAUAUUCAGAGUUGAAACCUAAUUGUGAAACCUAAAUGUUAGUUAGUUAAAUAGUUACAAGUUGUAUCGGUUCCUAUUUCUUCUUUCUUCAUUCAGUUUUCUCAUCUCGCUGUUUCAACUCAAUCUCGCACAACAGGUGUGCUCGUCGUCGUUUCAACAAGUCUUCUCGUGUAGUGUCACUCACACUCGUGGUUCUUUAUAAAGGUGUGCUCGUCGUCGUUUCAAC